AUGUCUCAUGGAACCGCUGGACAUCAGUCGGGAAUGCGAACACAACGGUUGGCUGUCCUUCUGGGGAUUGUCUGCCUCGUUGGGAUUACGUUAAUGCUUCUGGGCAACCCAGCAGCCAAGAGAAUUGGGCAGAGCACCCAAAGAAAAAAAUUAUUCAUACCGACAUCUAAUCACCCUGAAAUUUCUGAGUCGCAGCAAAAACAACAAAAUCAACAGCAGCAAUCUCCCGAGCGCCCUGUCCACACCGACAAUGCCUCGAAAAACCUUCACCCAAUCGUCCAGCUGCAAAACCAAGCAAAGGAGAACUUCGAUGAUGUUCGAGGGAGACAAUCGAAGACGCUCAAGGAUGCUGUGGGCGAGUACCGUCGUCGCUACAAGAUGCCUCCCCCACCUCAUUUCGAUGUAUGGUUCAAAUUCGCACAGCAGCACGGUGUGCAAUUAAUAGAUGAAUUCGAUUCGAUCUAUCACACGCUUCUUCCCUUUUGGGGUCUACAACCAAAAUUAAUCCGGGCGCGGGCAAGGGAGGCUAUUGGAUUCGAUAACGCGUUCAUCAGUCUUUUGAUUCGGGAUGGGAAGGUUGCCAGAAUCGACGGCGGUGGGGAGAGUAGGGAGUGGCAGCGGAUUGCGUUGGAGGGGAUGUUGAAGUCGUUCGUCCAAUACUUGCCCGAUAUGGACCUUGCCUUCAACAUUUAUGAUGAACCUCGAGUUGUAAUACCCAGUGAAGACCUUCAGCGCUUGGUGGUUCGUGCCAUGGAUGGUGCACUUCCACGAGCCCUUGAGAACCCUUCCCCGAAUAACUCGUGGUCUGGACGGCCUGACGACGUGAAUAAAGGUGACAGAAUCGAUGAGUUUAGGACUACGCGAUUCAAUCGAUUUGCUCACCAGCCAACGUGGACGAAUUCGCGCAUGUCGUGCCCUGUGGAUAGUCCCGCAAGAAAUCUCGAUGAAAACGCCCGUGAUGAUAUGAAAGCUUAUUCCAACACAGAACUUGGAUUCCUUUACAACAUUACUGCCUUCACAGAUAUAUGCCUAUCUCCUUCACUUCGACACACGUUCGGGUUCUUUGACCGUCCCAACGCUCUCGAUCUUGUCCAUGAUUUAUUCCCGAUUUUUUCUCAAAGCAAAGUGUCCAGUUUCCAGGAUAUCAUGUAUCCAAGUCCCUGGUACUGGGCCGGGAAAGUUCUCUACGAUGCUGAAAAGGACGUCGCCUGGUACGAUAAACUGGAACAAAUAUACUGGCGCGGAUCGACAACGGGCGGCUUUUCACGAGCAGGAGGCUGGCGCCGACAGCACCGCCAAAGAUUCAUUAAAGAAAUAAACGGAUGGGACAGUGCGAAAAUCUACGAAAGGAACGCCGACUCCGGUGUCUGGGAGCUCAAGGAAGUCUCCCGACACGCACUCAAGGACCUCUUCAACGUCAAAUUCUCCCAUAUCGGCCAAUGCGACCCAGAAGACUGCAAGGCGCAGUCCGAGUUUUUCGACGUGGUGGAAUCAGCCGAUCAGCAAGAUGCGUGGAAGUACAGGCAUCUCGUUGACAUUGAUGGGAAUGCGUUUAGCGGGCGCUACUACGCUUUUCUACGCAGUAAUAGCUUGGUUUAUAAACUUGCGCUUUUCCGCGAGUGGCAUGAUGAGUGGCUACGCGCCUGGGUGCACUAUGUGCCCCUUAGCUUGAAGGGGGAUGAACAUGUUGAGACUGUGCGAUUCUUUGCUUUGGAUGAUGAAGGGCGGGAGAUUGCGCAGCUUCUGGCGAAGCAGGGGAAGGAGUGGGCGGGUAAGGCGCUACGGAAUAAUGAUCUUGAGGUUUGGUUUUUUAGGUUGUUAUUAGAGUGA